AUUCAGAGUUCAGUUCUAUUCGACUGUAUCCGGAACUAUGAGGUUCCUGUUGGCAGUGCAUUUGUUGGUUCUAUGUGUAGGACUGGGUGAUGCUUGCUAUUGCCCCGAUUAUCCACCAAACGGUUGUGAUUCACAAUAUUCCAUCCUGGGAGACGUACUAAGACGACAAGUCCAGCGACCUGGAAUAAAUGGUAGAAGUGUUUACACAGUUAGAGUGUUACAAAUCUAUAAGGCUGAGAGACCCCUUCCCUACGUUUGGCCCGGCAUUGUACGGAUAUCUGCUUAUCACGGAAGUUCAACCUGUGGCGUUAUCCUCACAACAGGACGACUCUACGUCAUAUCCGGAUAUUAUCAAGGCUCUUCGUUACAGACCAGCUCCUGUUCAUAUGUCAGACAAUGGAACGAAAUUCCUUUUUCAGAAAGAUGGAAUCUCUAUUGUAGACAUUUUUAAGUAAAACACUAAAUUUCCAUAGAAUAUAUUGGAAACAAUCAA